UAAAAAAAACAAAUUUGUUUUGGUUUUUGUGUUUUUUGGUGGCAAACGUUUAAUUUCCUUUUUAAUAAUAAAAUAAGGAAUAAUUAAUAAAUAAACAAACAUGAAUGAUCCGAAUAAAGUUAUAAAUGUGAAUCUUUCCUCGCUGCUUAGUUUAAAAGCAGAAUUGUUGCGCAAACAGGCCGAAGUGAACAAAGCAAAAGUGGCCCAAAGUGCAACGUCCAGCAGUAAAAAACAGGAAGAAUACACCUCUCAUAAGCAACAAAACCAAUCAGCAAUUGAUUAUGACGACACCAUCACUUCAAAGAAAAAGGAUAAAAAGAAACGUGUUAAAGAAAUAGAAAAUCACAAGGAAGCCACCGUCUAUGAGCAUGAGGAUUCGGUUUUGCUGGAAAAAUCUCAAAAAGUUUUGGAAGCAAAAGCAAAAUUUUAUGAACGCAUGCAAAAAUCAGGAGGAAAAUUAAAUUCCGAUGAUAAUUGUCUAGUUAUGUUUAAUAAAAAGAAACAAGAGGAUGCACCUCAAGCUCCAACAAGUUUAGAGACACCUUAUAGCUGUAGUGAUGAUAGUAGCGAUAGUGAUCAUGAUACCGACGAUGAAUGGGUAGAAUAUACUGAUUGUUUGGGUAGAACUCGUACCUGUUUGAAACGUGAUUUAGCGGAAGCCAAAAGAAAAGAUGAACAAUUGGCCGCCAGUAUGCCAGAAAGAUUGGAUCAAACCAAAGCUAAUUGGAUGAUAGAUACUGUAGGUAAUAAAUCACUGCAGGAAGAGAGCGAAGACAAUGAUGACGAUAUGAUAGGACCUCUGCCACCACCUUCAGUAUUCAAUGAUGGUCUUUCUACUAUGUCAAAGCUUGAGGAACAAAAAGUCAAUUGGGAACGCAAAGAACAGGAAAAUUUGGAAAAAACCGAUGUACAUUAUCAAGAUGUGUUUUUCGAUGAAGCGAGACAGCAUGGUGUAGGCUAUUAUGCCUUCUCCACCGAUGAGGAAGAGCGUAAGAAACAGCAAAGAGAAUUGGAAAAGGCGAGACAACAAACCCUAGAAGAACAAAAACGCCGAGAAGCUUUAAAAGAACAAAGGGAGAAAAUAAUAGCGGAAAGAGUGUUGGCAGCAAAAAAUAGGCAAAGAGCUAGAUUAGGUUUGCCACCGUUGGAAAAAGACGAAGAAAGUGAAAAGAAAGAACAUACAGAAGAUAAGCCUGCAGAAACCAAAGAAGAACGCAAAGCACGCAAGAAAGCAGAAAAACUUGAAAAGAAGAAACUUAAAGAAGAAGAGGAACGCGAAAGGGAACGUCAGAAUCAUAUACGGCCUUGGGACAAAGAAAAAGAAGGAGUAGCACCACAACAUGCCAACAAUACGCAGGAGGCAGAAGAGGAGUGGCAAUAUAAACCCGAAAAAGAACCCAUGACCCAAGAACAAUGGAAUGAAUAUAAACGUAAUGAACGUAUAAACGAAUUUGCACCACCACCACCAGCUCAGGAUAAGCCUUUAAAACGUACAAAUUUCAAGAGUGCAUCAAACAUAUACCCAAACACAAACUACAAUAAUGUACCACCUGCCGAAAUUGAUACUGGUUUCUCUAAGUAUCAAAGCUCAAAGAAAUCUAAAACAUUUAAAAGACGUAGUUAUGCUGAAACAACACAAACACCAGAAGAAGACUCUCCUAGCACCUCCAAGACGGGUGUAUGUAUACCUCCACCCUCCAAUUUGGAAGAUUUUCAUUUACCCUCACACAAUAAAAAACCCAAAACAUCUUAUGAACUGGAAAAAUCUAUUGAAGCUGGUCUAAGAUUUUUGCGCAAUAACUGUGAUAAGGAAAUUCCUGCUACCAAAUCUUCCUGGACAGCAAAGGCCGAUUAUUAAGUACUGUUAUGAAAUGAAAAUAAAACUCUUAUAAGGUAUUUAUGCUUUUUUAUUAAUAGUUUAUUAUUUUUAAAUCUUUUGGCUAUAUAAAUUACAAAUUUAUUGUCUGUAUAAAGAUAUUUAAAUUGUAAUUUAUAUUUUACUUUUUUUAACAUUUAUAGAAGAACGAACAUCUUUUGUAUUAUAAUAAAAUGUUAUCAUUUUGUGGCUAAAUUUGUCACAUAAGUAAUAGUAACUAAAAGAUCGAAAAUAUGUAAAUUAAAAAAA